GUUGCGCCCCGUGUCUGCAGGUUGGACCUCACCACUGCUGUGUCUGGGCCGCAGGGAGCUGUUCUGGUGCGUGACUCAGCCGUGGGCUGUUCUGGUGACUUCCUGUCUGAAACCUGCUCUCCUGUCGGUGAGGGGUUCUCUGGGUAUGAAUCGCUAUGCCGGGGUCAGAGCAGGGAGAGCCAGCUCCCUGAUGGGCUUCUCAGAGACAACACCCCAGGUGCUGCACGGCCUGGGGCAGCCCCUACUGGUCCUGGAGGCCUGGUAGGAAGAAGCAGGGCUGGUCCACACCCCCAGGCUCCUGCCUGUCCUCCACCCCAGCCUGGCUUCUCCACAUGGCAGGGGCAGGGGAGCUGGUACACGGCUGCCAACCCCCCAGCUCAUGCCCACAGCUCCUGCCACCCAAGAGGCUCAACUUUCCUUUCCCAGAACCCAGUGAAGGACCCAAAGAGAGGAUUCCGCUGACCUCACUUGAAUCAGCUAUUCCCUGACUGCCUGGCAAAGGCCAGAAGGCAUGGAGGGUGACAAUGGCCUGAGCUGGGUCCGGGUGCCACUCCUGGACCCCUCAGCUGGGGGUACAGAGGAGCCCCGGUGAACAUGACAGACCACCCAGUGGGGCACAGGAGGAGGCAGGUCCCAGGGAGCUGCUGGGGCCACCGACAGGAACCCACAGCUAUCCCUAGCCGUCACCCCCGCUGGCCUGAUGUGGACUCUGCCUAAUGCUGCUCUGAGGGUGGGGCUGCCCUGGCCCAAAGACCCGGGAGGCCAGUGACCCCAUGAGCAGCGGCCUGUGGAGGCACGUGUUUGCACCAGAUCCCCUAGAGGAUCACAGCCCCCUGGGCAAGUGUUUCUGGAAAGCCAAGGUGGACCCUGCCCUGAGACCUGCGCCUCCCGGCCAGGGCAGUGGGGAAGCCCAACUUUCCAGGGAUUCCACUGCCACCCACACAAAACCCUCUGAAAUCGCUGUUCAGAGGCAGCCUCCAGCCAUGCGGCCCUGCAGCAGGGGGCAGCUGUGAUCCACGUGUCUGGGGGAAAGUGCAGACUAGGGGCUCAGCCUCCACCGGGCUCUCCUGGCCGUGGGCGCACCCACCCAGGACGGUGGCUGUCUUCACUCAAUGACCGUCCCUGCUGCAGUGCUGGGCAGUGUCGCUUGGAGACACUUGUGGUCCCCAGCUGCUUUCCCCAGCCCAGCCCUGUCCCCUCUGCUGAAAGAGCCUGGUUUGGAUGGAGCUUGGCAGGCUCUGGAGUGGGCACCUGGUGGGGGGGUCUGUGCCCUGAAACCCAGAAGCAGCUUGGAGGUGAGUGGGGUUGUGGGUGCUGUCCACAGCCAGCUGGCGUUUUCUAAGGAAACUGGGCCCACCAGGGCCGGGAGCCCCACAGUGAGGGGGACUGUCCCAGGCCACUCUGCCUGCCCACCCUGCAGUUCCCACACGGAGAAGCUCACCCGCAGAGCCCCUGGGCCAGGCCAGGCUUGGUUCUGGAUGAGGAGCGGUUGAGGUAGGGCUAGGCGAGGAAUGUGGAGUGCGGUCGGCUGUUCUUCCCGCAUGGCCCUGCCCCAGGAAGGGGGAGGCGGGGAGAGGAGGGUGCUUGUGUGCAGUGGCUGUGCUGAGCCUUCCAGGACAUGCAGGUGCCAUCCUGGUCCCGGGGCUGCAGUGGGCACACUCGGCCUCUCCACUCCUGGCACCCCGGACAAGGACUACUGGGAGCACACAGCCUCUGGGAAGUCACCCUGCUCCGUGCUUGCCUGGCCCGAGAGCUGGCAACACGAGGCCUGAGCUGCAGAGGAGCUGGAUUUUGUCUUUCCAGGGCCCCUCCCUGCCACGUGUCCUGCCUUGCCUGUCUGGGGACAGCCGCCGUGCCGUGCCAGGCCCUAGCCCCUGCCUGGGAGCUCCUGAGUGAGUGGAGCCUGGCUCUGGUGCUGUUAUUGCCAACAGAGGUAAGUCUGGGGUUUCCUGCCACUCCCACCCCCAGGAAGAUGACGAGAUCACACUGUCAUCACCAGUGAGAUACCCCAGCCCGGGUUGGCUAACCCCAAGCUCAGCCCUGUUUGUGGUUAGGGGAGUUCUAGAGAGAACAUAAUUGAACCCCUGCUACUUCCUGAAACCUCAGCUAGGACUGCAGGGAGGGGUGUGAGGCCAGCCGCACAGGCGGGGCCCUGGGUCAUUUUAAACUCUCAGAGUGAACAUCUUGAUAGGACCGACAAGACGCAUGACAUGUACUUAGAAAGCUUAUCUUAGAGCCACACUGAGAUUGGAGCCUGCAAAAUAAUGCCAGGGAGGAAGGUGAGCAAGGGGCACGACACUCACAUCUGGAGAAACCCAACAAGCGCAGCGAGGCUGUGGGGAGACCGGAGCCCUGCACACCGCCGGCGAAGGUGGGCUGGCGCGGCCACUGUGGAGAACAGCGCGGAGAGAUGCCCCAGAAGAUGAGACGAAACUGCCAUGAGAUCCAGCAAUGCCAACUGUGCGUCUGACCCAGGAGAACGGAAAGCAGGGACGUGAACAGACCUCCUCCUGUUCUUAACACCGUUAUUCUCAGCAGCUCAGCUAAGGCUCAGAGGCAGCUGAGCGUCUGUCAGCAGAGUCAUGGAUGAGCAGAAUACGGCACACGCCACGUUUGGAGGAUUGUUCACAAUGGAAGGGCACAAUGGAAUAUAUAUAUAUAAAUUUUUUUUUUUGGUGAGACCCUGGAGGACACACUGAAUACAAUGGAAUACCGUCCUGCCUUUGAAAGGAAGGGAAAUCCUGGCACACGCUGCAACAGGAGGGAGCUUGAGGACAUCGUGGCGAGUGGAGCAAGUGAGACACGGAACGACACACGCUGAGGAGACGCACAGAUGCCCACCCAGGAAACGCCACCCCAGUGACCAGCACUACCCCGUGGGCCUCGCCGGGCCUCCCCGCCAAGACCUGCAACAACGUGUCCUUCGAGGAGAGCAGGAUAGUCCUGGUCGUGGUAUACAGCGCAGUGUGCACGCUGGGGAUGCCGGCAAACUGCCUGACUGCGUGGCUGGCACUGCUGCAGGUGCUGCAGGGCAACGUGCUGGCCGUCUACCUGCUCUGCCUGGCGCUCUGCGAGCUGCUCUACACCGGCACGCUGCCGCUCUGGGUCAUCUAUAUCCGCAACCAGCACCGCUGGACCCUGGGCGUGCUGGCCUGCAAGGUGACCGCCUACAUCUUCUUCUGCAACAUCUACGUCAGCAUCCUCUUCCUGUGCUGCAUCUCCUGCGACCGCUUCGUGGCCGUGGUGUACGCACUGGAGAGUCGGGGCCGCCGCCGCCAGAGGACCGCCAUCCUCAUCUCUGCCUGCAUCUUUAUCCUCGUCGGUAUCGUUCACUACCCGGUAUUCGAGAUGGAAGACAAGGAAACCUGCUUCGACAUGCUGCAGAUGGACAGCACGAUUGCCGGGUACUACUACGCCAGGUUCACCGUUGGCUUUGCCAUCCCUCUUUCCAUCAUCACCUUCACCAACCACCGGAUUUUCAGGAGCAUCAAGCAGAGCAUGGGCUUAAGUGCCGCCCAGAAGGCCAAAGUGAAGCACUCGGCCAUCGCGGUGGUUGUCAUCUUCCUGGUCUGCUUCGCCCCGUACCACCUGGUUCUCCUCGUCAAAGCCGCUGCCUUUUCCUACUACAGAGGAGACAGGAAUGCUGUGUGCGGCUUGGAGGAAAGGCUGUACACAGCCUCUGUGGUGUUUCUGUGCCUGUCCACGGUGAACAGCGUGGCUGACCCCAUUAUCUACGUGCUGGCCACGGACCAUUCCCGCCAAGAAGUGUCCAGAAUCCAUAAGGGGUGGAAACACUGGUCCAUGAGGACAGACAUCACCAGGCUCACCCACACCAGGGACAUCGAGGAGCUGCAAUCGCCCAUGGCCCUUGCAGACAACUAUACCUUCUCCAGGCCCGUGCACCCACCAGGGUCACCAAGCCCCACAAAGAAGCUGAUUGAGGAGUCCUGCUGAGCCCACUGUGUGGCAGGGGGGAUGGGAGGUUGGGGGUCCUGGGCCAGCAGUGUGGCUCCUGUCCACUAAGCCCACCAGCCACAGUGCCCAUGUCCCCUCUGGAAGACAAACUACCAAUUUCUUGUUCCUGAAGCCACUGUCUCCAUGACCUCUGGCCCCAGGCUUUCCCACAUGGAGGUGGCUGCAUGCCAAGGGGAGGAGCGAUACCUCCAGGCUGCCGGGAACCCAGAUUGCGUGUGGCAGGCAGCGGGGCCUCUUCACCAGCAGCCCUCCUGGUUGGCUCCCUUGGCUGUGGGCAGGGAACAGGGCUGCGGGCAGAGGUACCUAGUGGCUGCCCUGUUCGCAUCAGGGGUGAUGACUUUAUUUGCAGGGCAUUUCUGCAAGCAUUGCUCGGAUGCAGUGGCACAUUGUGGGCCCUCUGGGCUCCUGCCUCAGAACAUCAGUGGGCACCAUGCUGGGGGUCACCCAGCACCGUGGCAGCGCCCAGCAGGGCAUAGGGCAGCCUACCACCUCCAAGGGGGCAGGAGUCCUCAUCUGGGACUGGGUCUGUGCUGAGCUGGAGGGCCUCUAGGCAGAUGUGGGGCAGGGUGGCCAGCUGCUCCAGCUCCCAGAGGGCAGCCCAGACAUCCUCAAGCGGGAGCCCCAAACGUCCACGCCCAGAACGACAGUUGGCAGGACAGGCAUGACACAGCCAUGUCAGAGGCAAGGGGUGCCAGGAGUCCCCAGCCGCAUCCUUGGGGAGAAGUUGGUGAGGGGUCCGCACAGGGUGGGGCCCCCACCUGCAGCACGUCACCGAGGCGAGAGUGCAGCAGCUGGCCUGCUUGUCUGGUGGAGAAAGCCAGCUCCCUGCACCCUCGGGCCGAGUCAGAUCUGGGUCUGCCCCGAAGGCCUUGCCUAGGCCAGGUCACACUGAUGCCCUGGUUUCCCCAUCUGUAAAAUGGGGCCAAUGACACCUACCUCGCUGGGUCACCAUCGAGAUCAAUCCUCCUCCCUGCCCUGACACCUCGGGCACAUCGCGUGCACUCAGAGCACAGAGGCAGGCAGAUGCAGCACCUGGACGGGGAGCCCAGCGCCCAGAACAGCGCGGGGCUUCCAGGGAGGCGGUGCGGGGCGGUGGGGCUGAGCCACGCUCUCGUUUUGUCAGGCAGCUAUGCAGUUGCUCUUCCUUGUUUUGUUUUUCUUGUUUUUUUAAUAUUUAUUUUUUUAGAGACAGGACUUUGCUCUGUUGCCUGGGCUGGAGAACACUGGCACUGUCAUAGCUCACUGCAGCCUCAAACUCCUGGGCUCAAGCGAUCCUCCCCCCUCAGCCUCCUGAGUAACUGGGACUUUGACAGGCAUGCACCACCACACCCAGUCAAAACAGCCGUCUUCCCCUUAAGAGUCAUCAGAAAAAUACAUUAGGAAAAUGUGUUUAGAAAUAAAAGCACAAGGCAGGGCGCAGUGCUCACGCCUGUCAUCCCAGCACUUUGGGAGGCCGAGACGGGAGGAUCACUUGAGGCCAGGAGUUUGAGACCAGCCUGGGCAACAUGGCAAAACCUUGUCUCUUUUUUUGGAAUAUAAAAAAAUAAUAAUAAUAAAAAUGCAUUUUAACUUU